AUGCGCCUCAUCUACAGUCGCGCAGUUCGCACUGUAAUAGUUGGUGAGGAAGGCGGUCAUAAUCAACAAGCGACAAACUUUAUAUCGCAAAUUUUAGACCCUCAAUUCCUGAACCAAGACAAAUGGCUUGAUGAUUACAGGAUAAUAGCACUGGGAGGCGUGUUAAGAAAUAGGUGGUUCACGCAGGGUUGGACUUUUCAAGAAGCGGCGCUAGCAAGGGAAACUGUCUUCGUUUACGGGUCAGGCACAUUCCACCUCUCUGAUUUCUCGGACGCAGUCGAUAUUUCUUUCCGAAAACCACCAUAUCACGCAGCGUAUGAGGGCAUUCUCGACGACUUUGAAGACUCGAAGUCAGUCAGACUUUUGGAUACGCUCAAGGAUCUCUUCCUCAGAUCGCAAGAUGGUAACAUCAUUCGUCCAAGAAGGAGUCCGGAAUCAUUACUCUACGAAUUACGGGCGUACGAGUACACGGAUCCAAGAGAUCGUGUAUAUGCUCUUCUUUCGACAGUCGAUCUCCCUUCACCAAAUCACCUGACCGGGCUGCCGUCGCUGGAACCUGACUAUGACCGUACUAAUCUUGAAGUUCAUACAGAUGUCGUGAUGUAUUGCACUCGCAUUUCAGGGUCGUUGGACAUAAUCUUGAGACAUUGGGCAGAUGUUAAGAGAAGACCGUGGCAGGACAGCUUGGUUGAUCCAGACCUCCGAUUCGUCGUUCCUUUUUGGAUCUCUGGUUUAGAAGACAUGCCUUUCGGCCAUCCCAGUGCGGAAAGUAGAAUCAGAGUCAACGCUGAGUCACCUGUUGGUGGGCCUUCACAGCAGGUAUACUGCGCACAUAACGGAAAAGUUGCUGACAUUCGAUUCGGAGUUGAUGAUUCAACGCUGACUUAUAAUGGCUCCCCUUUUACCAAAGGCAUCAAGCUCGGAGAAAUUGAACAACUAUCAACACGCAUGGCAGACGGAAUCCUAUUGAGUGAAUGCCUGGGACUGGUUGAGGGCAUUAUCAUGGAUGACGCCGGUGCUCUUAAGGAAAUAAAAGACUUGCUGUGGCAAAUUUUCUGCCCAAAUAGGGAUGAAAAGGGUCAUAGAGCAUCAGCUCGUUACCGAAUAGCUCUGCUGCACCUUUUACGCCAUAACACUCGUUUUACGAGCAUCGAUACAGAGAAUCUCUUAAAUUCACCUCAACCGCACCUCGACCCUCACCCGACCCGCGCCGCUUUUAAACACCGCUCACCUCCCGCUCAUCUUCAAACUCACCUUCUCAGCUUUCACUCACCUUCGACUCACCUUCGACUCACCUACUACUCACCCACGGCCCACUUCCUACGCGAUCAUGAUAUCUACUCCCGCGCCAGACCAGGAUGCCACCCCUAG